CACACACGCACACACACACACACACACAUACACACAUACACACACACACACACACACACAUCUCCACGCUCACAGAACUGCACGCAACCUCUCCUCUCCACCAUGUCCAACGAAGCUGCUGCUUCCUUUGAGGAGCUGAUGGUGGCCAUCCAGGGCGUGUUGCGCCUCGCAGGGAACUCGUCCGAGCUGCAGGAGGCCGUCAUGGACGUGGCCCGUCUGGCCAACACCUGCGUGCAGGAGAAGAACAAGCAGAUCGACGAGCUCCGUGCCAUGCUUGUCACCCUCCGCGCUCGCGCUCUCUAUGACUACACCGGCCGCGACGAGGAAGAGCUCUCGUUCAAGGCCGGUGAUGUCAUCGAGGUCCUCGACGCCCAGUCUGACAAUCAAUGGUACUACGGUCGCCUGGAUGGCAAGCACGGUGUCGUGCCCAUAACCUACGUCACCCUCUUCCAAGUCCCCGUCGAGAUGUCCGCCCCCGCCGCUCAGCCCGCAGACUCGCUCGCCGUCUCGGAUGCGGACUCGUCGACUCCGGCUGCCCGCAAGUCGUGGUUCGAAUCUGUCCGCGGCGUCGUCUCUGACAUUGGCUCGGUCUUUGCCAUGUCUGGCGAGGCCGACGACGAGCCGGCCCCGCUCGACAUCUCGGGCCCGACCGACUUUAAGCGCGUCUCCCACAUCGGCAUCGACGCUGACGGCACUUACUCGCUGGAGAAUAUCCCCGACGAGUGGCGCGACAAGUUCCGCCACCUCGGCAUCGGCGACGAGUACCUCGAGCACCCGGAGCACGCCCAGUUUGUCAUGGACUAUGUCAUGAACCAAGAGGUCAAGCUCGCCGAAGAGGCCGCAGCUUCGGACAAUGCGGCGCCAUCGUCAGAGUCCGUGCCCACUCCCACAGACGCCAACGACGAUGCCGCCGUGUCGCCUGCCCCGGCUCCUGCAAAUGCUGCCACCCCGCCGGCUGCCAACCCGCCGCCGCCGCCGCCGCCGCCACCCCCGCCGUCCAACUUCAACAAGUCUCCCGCCGGCGCCAUCGUCCGCGCGCCGCCGGCCGCCAGCCCCACCGUCACCGCAGGCCGUUCGGGCAUGCUCGGCGACAUCCGCUCGUUCUCCAAGACGAAGCUCAAGGCCGCCAAGCCUGUCGACAUCACCACCAUUCCCAAGGAGGAGACCGCCGACAUGCACUCGGCCUUCCUCAAGGCCUUCCACGACAAAUUCGCCCUCGUCUCGUCGGCCGACAUCGAUGAGCACGGCGGCUGGUCCGACGAUGAUGAUGACAACGGCGAGAGUGCCCAACCGUCUUCUUCGUCUGCAGCGCCCGCCAUGCCGUCCAAGCCCAAGCUCAUGCCCAAGCCCAAGCCCAUGCCCAAACAGCCGUAGAUGCCUCCGACCGCCAACCGCAUGAAACCCCUUUCGCCCGCCGAACCCAAA